AGGCUAAUGACGGUCUGACAGGUACAGUGUCAGUCAUUCAAGAGAUAGGGUUUUAGACUUCCAAACCCUUCGCCGAUAUCAAAUGAUUCCGAUCACGAAAAUGUCAUCCGCCGCCGCCAGAUCAAUAUUUCGAUCAUGCUCCGCCGGUCGUUCGGCGUUUCGCGUCGCCUCGGAAGCCAAAACGGCUCGUUCUCCGUUUCGCAUCGCGUCCAAUAGACCUCUCUCGCAAUCCACUCUCAGGUUGCCUGUGGAGUUGAGUUCAUGUGUGGUAUCGAUGAUGCCGUACCACACGGCCACUGCUUCUGCGCUCAUGAAUUCCAUGCUUUCAAUUUCAAGCCGCACGUCCGCUUGGAUUCCCGAAGGUAGCUAGCAUCUCUAGGAUUCCAUGAUGUUCUUUCUACAAUUAAUUUUCGGAUUGCAAUGAUGAUGUUUGAUAUCAUUCGGAUUAAGAAGAUUGAAGCAAGCUUUUUGCAUAAAAAUCUGCAAUGCAUGAAACGUGUCGCCGAAAACAUUUGGAAAUUUGACUUGGCCAUUGUAGAAGCAAGUUGAUUCCCAAAAGGGAACUUUAAAACCUAGACCACAUGUAUUUAAUUUCCUUCCUAUUUAAGAUGAUAAAAAUCAUUCGGCUUACUAUUUUUCAUCCAUAUGAGCACUAGUACCGAAAGGCAAAUAAUCGAAAUGCACUGCUUAGUACCAAUGAAGUUUCCUUUUGUUUGUCCAUAUUAAUUAGAAUGUUCACGUUGACGUGGAAACUUGUUUAUCUCUAGACUGUUAUCUUUCUGUAUAAAAAGGGUUUAUGAUA